GGUCGGUCGCGAAAUAAUCAAUAAUGAGAAGGUCGUGCUCUCCGCUACACCGCAAACAACGAGCAACGUUUACACCUGUUCGCCACCCGUUCGAAAUCAUUCGAAUGUACCAUCAGUACGCGUUGUACCUUCGCGAAGGGUGCACACAAUAAUCCCCAACUGACAAACACCACGUAACAAUAGUCACACGUCGUCAAAAAAACAACAAAUUUCUAUCAAAAAUGAAGGCGUCACUUCAUUUUGAGCUCAUGGUUUCGAAUUAGCAAGCAAAUAUGAUGCGCGUCAACGCACACAUGUGUAGUUGUUAAGUGCAAGAGUGUCUUUGGUUUAAUUAAUUUACCAGUUUAUUAAUUUGUGCGCGUGUGUUGUAAUUUACAACAACAAGAUGAAUCGGUACAUAACUCUGCAUCAACUUGGCGAUGGCACCUACGGAUCGGUGGUGCUUGGUCAAAGAAAGGACACCGGCGAGAAGGUGGCCAUUAAGCGCAUGAAAAGGAAAUAUUAUUCCUGGGAAGAAGCAAUGAAUCUACGCGAAGUUAAGUCGUUAAAAAAGUUACACCACACGAACGUGGUGAAACUCAAAGAAGUCAUACGUGAAAAUGACGUGCUGUACUUCGUCUUUGAGUACAUGCAGGAAAAUCUUUAUCAACUCAUCAAAGACCGUCGCGUGCCUUAUCCGGAAGCAACCGUCAGAAAUAUGCUCUACCAGAUCCUGCAAGGAUUAGCAUUCAUCCAUCGGCAUGGAUUUUUCCACCGUGAUCUAAAACCGGAGAACAUUCUCUGCUGCGGGCCGGAUCUGGUGAAGAUCGCCGAUUUCGGCCUAGUUCGUGAAAUCAGGUCCCGGCCGCCUUACACCGACUACGUUAGCACGAGAUGGUACCGCGCGCCUGAAGUAUUACUACACGCGACGACUUAUAGCAGCCCCAUUGAUCUGUGGGCGGUGGGUUGUAUCGCCGCCGAAAUUUACACAUACCGCCCGCUGUUUCCCGGCACCACCGAAACGGACCAGCUGUACAAAAUCUGCCAAAUUUUAGGAACUCCCGAUAAGAAAAUAUGGCCGGAUGGUUACCAAUUGGCUGGCGCCGUCGGCUUCAAAUUUCCGUACUUUGUCAAGACGGAGUUGACCUCAGUUGUGCCACAAGCUAGCUCCACAGCGAUUAAGCUAAUGGAGGUGUUGAUGGAUUGGAAUCCAACCAACAGACCCACCGCGCAAUCGGCGCUCAAAAAUGCGUAUUUCCAAGUCGGUCAACAAUACAGCGCUUUAUUGGUUUCCCAAGAUAAUUUCAAUCAAUAUUCCCAAUUAAACGGUCUGCUAGAGUCCACGCAAAAGUCGAUUUACUCAGGCAAACCGCGCCAGCCCGAAGUGCAGGCGAACAACGUCAGCAAGAACAACGAAAAGAACAUCGAGCUGGAAACAGGCCCCAAAGCACAGAUAACGGUGCAGCCGCUGGUGAAACCGAUGCAAAUCACACGCAACCAGCCGGUGCAAGCCGUUGCGCCCAUCGUUUAUAGUUUCGGCCAGAGUGACAUGAACAACAAAUACAUUCCGGAUAAUCGUCAGUUUAAAAAGAUGUCUUGGAAUAAACUCGACUACGAUUUGGAUGAUACGUUAUUAAUGGGUAACAAAAUAAAAAACGCCGACAAUAUGAAAGAAAACAUUUUGGACAUAAAAUGGUCGAAUCUACAGGACCUCAUCGAAGGAAAAGCAAAUGGCGCGCCGUCUGCGAAAAGUCAAUACCUCACGGUAUCAAGAUAUGUCGCGGGCCAACGGACUGAGAAAAGAAGAAGCCAGCCAAACAUAAAUAUGUACAACAAGAAAGACUUAGGAAUCUCCUCGAUAUUCAAUGACACAAUGCUAGAGUUUUCCGGUAUUCAAUCGGGAAAGCAGCGAACGUUAAAGAGCAUCACCGGAAGCAGCGUGGUUCAGGGAAGAACAGACUGGGCGGCAAAAUACUUGAAGUAGCAAUCAUCAUUUGGACUAAUCGACUGUGAUAGACUUUAUUACACUCAUUGGGUUCAUGAAUGUCAUUGUUGUUUUAUUUCAUUUUCGUUUCUAAUCAAUUAAAUGAUCGGUUUAGAUACAAAUUACUUAAUCUACCUAUAUGUAUGUGUUAAAACUUUAUUUUAAGCAUCAAAUGUGCAAAAAAGAACUUAUUGAAUUGUUACUAACUAGAGGGUUGUGAGAGGACGCAUUUAAACAGAUUUACGCAAAAUUUAAAUGAUUGUAAAUGUACCAAUGUACCAAAUACCGACAUGUUUUAUAUAGCUAUAGUAUUUAAUUAUUGUAAUAUAUUCACAAUAAAUUCAAAUAUUAAAUUUGGGC